AUUUAUUAUUAUUAUUUUUUUAAUAUAAAAUUUUUUUUACAAUUAAUUAUUUUUUUACUUUUUAAGCUUUUAAUUCAAAAAAAAAUAGACGAGGAAAGAAUAUUCACGUUUUUAUCAAACACAUGUCAAAGAACUGCAAUAAUCAACUAUGCAUAUCUCAGUUUACUAUUCUCUUGGUCAUAACACCACUGAUAACAUCAUUAGCUAAUUCUAACAAUCCUAAAACAUCAUCGUUUAUCUACAUUCCACAUUUUUCGGAUUCGCAUGGCGGGCAGGGCAGUCUGAUCAAGUCUGACGAGGGAAAGAGCUCCUAUGCUAGACACAAUAACGAAUCCCCGAAUGAUGAAUCCGAUAACAAAGAACCUCAAGAUGAUAACGGAACGUCGGUCAUUCAUCAAACAAUAAAAGCCCACAGUAUACUAAGUGCUUUAUCCCACCAUUUGGACUCCUUACUAUCUCCGACACAUUUUUGGCUGUUAUCCCCUUCUUUAAUCUCCCAUUCAGCAUCUCAGCCGUUUAGCAUAAAAUGCUUGCCGCUAUGCAGCUGCAAAUUGGAUUUAUUCCGAUCUAGGUCCGAGACGACUUGCAGGAGCAUGACUUACGAAACCCUGAUGGACUCCUUGAAAAAUGUGACAGGGACUAACGUUAAGGUUAUAGGUAUGAAGAAUACCACGGAAAAUGAUUAUAAUCGUAAUGUUAAAGGAGAUCAAGGAGCGAUAGGUAAUGUUAAGGAUAUCAUGGUAAAUGAUUUGUGGAAACGAAACAGGGGCAGGGAGAACAGGAUAACAAAUAACCCACCCAGCAAAUUUUUCAUUGACAGUCAUAAUUAUUUUAAUAGUGUGACUGAUGAUAAUGUAUACAAAAUGAAUGUCCAUAACUCCACAAAGAAAAACCAUUAUGUCUACAAUAUAACAAGCCUGACAUUCUCAUUUAAUAACAUACCCUAUCUUAAAAGAGAAAUAUUUAAGACUAUAGCCCUCCUGGAUGAGGGGAAAGGACUGGACGAGCUCGAGGAGCUUUAUUUUUACUUCAACAAGAUCAUAUCCAUUAAUGAGGAUGUAUUUGACGAUUUCAACAAUGUCAGAUUAAAGUCAGCAGGAGAUAGCAAUAAUUCCAGGGGCCUAAAACGCAUAAAAAUUGUGGAACAUCAUUGGCAUCUAAAUCCAAACGAGUACUUUUCGGAAUUUCCGGUAAAAUCUAUUCGCCCCUUUGCCACCACUUUAGAACAAUUGCAGAUAAGUUCUCCGAAUGUACGAGCCUUUCCGAUUACUUCCUUAGGUCAUUUUAUCCGAUUAAAGACUUUGAUUAUUAAGUCCGCCGUUUUAAGCGACGUUGGAGCUAAAAGCAAUGAUUCUUACCAUAGUACAGGUAACAUACCACCGAAUCUCUACGAAUUGCAAUUGAUAGGUGAUUCUUUGGAGACCGUCCCAAAGUUUUCAGUUGUGACUAACCAAGUCAAAAAGUUUACCCUAUCGAGUCUAGCACUGGUUAGAAUUUAUAAUGAUGACUUUGAAAAUAACUUUUCUUCUUUAGAAGAACUUUUUAUUAUUAAUUGUAAUAUUAGUUACAUCCAUUAUUUUGCUUUCAAACCAUUGAGUACCACUUUAGUGCAUUUAGACUUGCAAAACAACAGACUUAGAAAUUUGGACCCUAGAACAUUCCAAAAUUUAAACAAACUGCGUGUCAUAAAUCUUUCAGGGAACGAUUUGGUACAUAUUCUUGAUGGUUGCUUUAAUAAUAUGCCAUCUUUAGAAUUCAUCUCCUUAAAAUAUAAUAGGAUAAGCUCCAUUGGAUUAAUUCUAACCAAUAGUUCUUCCGUUAAAACAUGGCUAAUGAAAUCCAAUUCCCUUGGCGAUGUACCAAAAAAUGCUUUAGCGAAAUUGCCCAACAUAGAAACACUUGACCUGUCCCGAAAUUUUAUAGCGAAACUAAAAAAAUUCAGUUUCGAAAAUAACAAAAAAUUAGUGAGUUUAGAUCUAUCUUCAAACCAUUUAUACCUGUUGGAGCCAAAUAGUUUUAAAGGCCUAGAAGACAGCUUGCACGAUCUCAAAAUUUUCCAUAACCGAAUUUCCUACAUCGCUCCUGCAGUGCUAAAAGAUUUAAAAAAGUUGUCACUUUUUGAUUUGAGUUACAAUAACUUGACUUCUUUGAGUGUCGAGUUGUUCGAAAAUUGCCAAGACAGUCUAACAUACAUGGACAUAUCAUUUAACCCUUGGCAUUGUGAUUGUAACAUGAGAGUAUUUAGGCUGUGGAUGGAAGCUAGGAUAUCUAACCUCUUUUUUUUGCAUCGUUUCAAGGCCAGGACAAUACUGAGUAGAGCCAAAUGUGCAACACCUUUACACAUGAUAAGUGUACCUAUAUCGUACCCACCAUUGAACGCUUUCAUGUGUGAUUCCGAGAUUAGGGAAAUCGAAUCCCAUAUUAACAAUAGUCGGAAAAAUUAUGAUAGAGGUCUUUACAAUUAUUCCUCUAACUCUUUUGACAUAAUACAUGAAUUUGGGGAAGAAGAGGACACGGGCCCCGAAGAAAAGCAUGACUUUACCACCACAGAAUCGAUGUCACACAGUGAAAAUAUGUCUUUAAACAGUUUUGAAGAAUCUAAAGAUUUUGCUGGAGAGGAAGCGAAGGUUGAUAUAAACGAAAAAGGGAAGGUAUCCGAGAAGAAUGGCACGUUAUCUAAUGCUCAAAUCGCUACUAUUCUGGCCAAACAACAAAGUUUCGACGUCUUUUUGUUGAAAGAAAUUAAAGGCUUAUUCAAUAUACUGGACAUGGUUUUUAAUUCCAGCAAUGCGAGCCAUCUCGGAGCUAGCUCUCAUCGUAUCAAUGACCAUUUGUUUGAAGAAAGUCUGAGUCAACAACAAGGUCAGAUUAAAAACCAACCAUACAGAGGGCAUCAUCUAUCUAGGCUGAGUCUGGCGCUAUCAGGCAUAGCAAUUUUAGCGAUCUUAUGUCUAUUUUAUUUAUUUUUCUACCGUGACAAGAAGGAAUCCCAUUUAAAAUACGGGCCUAAUCUCACAUCCCAUCUAAGCAACGUAGGUAAUAGCGGUAAUUACUUGUACCCACCUCAUCAUACUCUUUCGAGGCUCUCUUCGUCUCCCCUAUCCAGCGGUCCUAGUAGUGACAAUAACAAUACAAAAAGCAUUUCGAACCACUCCCCCUCUAAUAGUAGAAAUGCCAAUUUCACUAUAAGUUCGUCAGAUCAGGGGAACGAUAUCGUUGCAAAUAAAUCAUCCGGGAUUAUAAGUAUGGAUGAUUCCUAUUUCAAUUCCAAUGGAACACAUAUAGGAGGGCUCUCGUCUCAAUUUUCGGCUUCGACCACUUCUUUAACUAGUCAUUUGCCCGGUGGUCAUAAGCUCGCGUUUAACAAAUGGAAACCUGGAAGAUUUCAUAAGCUGUUUAAACGUGCGCCAUUCUAGAUAUUUUGUUGCACAAUUUAAACUCAUAGUUAUCUUUCAGCUAAAUAAAUUAUUUACUCCUUUCUUAAAAAAAAUUCUAAUCAUUGCUGAAACAGAUAUAAUUAUAAAAAAAUAUAUAUUGUUUAACGUGAUUUAAAUUGUUUUCGGAGUUUAUAGCAAAGUGAUAUACACCCCAAAAAACGAAAGCUUCUUAUACCAGCUAAUUUGUAUGCCAAAUUUUAUAUAUUUUUGCUACAUUGGUUUUAUUUUUUGAAAUAUAAUAUUUACAAUAAAAUUUUAUGGGAAUAUUAAUAUAUUUUUU